GAAACCCAUGACCAAAAUAGUCACACAAUUAUAGUCAAUAUAUAUGAUUCCCCUUUUUUGCUGGGGACCUCCUGGAACCCUCUCAACGACCCCUUGGGGUCCCCGGGCCCCACUUUGAGAACCACUGAAAUAAGCCUUCAAGUGCACCACUGCUAGUCCCAUUUUUACAUUUGAAAAAAGUAGAGGCGAAUUAUUGUGUUGUGUAGCGCCCCCAUGUGGACAGAUGCUGACUGUUAUUGUCUUUUUUACCUUUUUCACUGUGUGAGCAGAUUCAACACAUGCUGUGUUUAAGUGCAGUCGGAAUUCCUAAUGUCACUUUGAAAUUAACGUCAAAGUAGACUGUAAAUUAUGUUAUGUGAUUGUCAGCCGAGUAAACAAAUGGUAUGUUUCUAUAAAGCUGUAGGUAACGCAUUUUGUGCAUCCGUAUUAAGAUCUAAGCUACAUUUCUUUAAGUUAAAAAGAUAACAUCUACACACAGUGAGCUAAUUGGUAUUUAUUGUAAAAAAUAAAAUAAAAUACGUAGGCUAUUAAAAUUUCAAGCAUCAGUGCUUAUGAUUUCCCAUCCGCAGCUGUGCAUCUAAAUUUUCUGAAUGAAAGUAACCCACAAGAAAAGUUUGUUGGCCUGUAUAGAAAAUUCACAGGGACAUUGAAGGCAGCAAUAUAUUAUCUGUUCCAUCCAGUGUUUAUGCACAGGAAAGUGUGAUCUUUCUCGUGUAGCCUGUCCACACUUAUCUCUAAACUCUCCAUAGUUUUCAUGUCCUAAACAGUCUGACUUCACUCUUUUAAAAGGUCCUUAAGAGUGUCCGGCCAGCUGAAGCGGGACCGCCCCGCACAUACUGACUUGCCUUCCUGUCCUUAUACUUUGCUGCCGCAGUCCAGCCCCUCUUGAGGGAGGAGAAGACUGAUUAAAACCUCAGUUUUAUUGCGUUGUCAUGUUUCACAGGGAGUUCAGAAACCCCGAGACCGCCUGACACCAUCAUACCAUGGACGCACGCAAAACCUGACUGCGGAGUCUUUUUUCCCCCUCCCAUCUCUCUCUACAAACUUUGCUUUCGUCGUAGUGUCCUCACAAGACAAUGACUUCCCUUAUGGUUUUUGAUACUUAAUAUCGUUUUCAUGGACGAACAUCCUCUUUUGUAGCAUUAAGAGUAUUUCUUGGUGAAAAUCCUUCUUGAUCUGUCAAGAUGCAGCUCCGCACAGUCCUGGACGUCAAUGUUGUGGAUGUUCAGAAGAGGAGAAAUCCCUCCAAACACUAUGUGUACCUUAUCAACGUGACAUACUCAGACUCCACUUCUCAUAUCAUCUACAGGAGAUACAGCAAAUUCUUUGACCUACAGAUGCGAAUCCUCGACAAAUUUCCAAUUGACGGAGGCCAGAAGGACCCUAAAAAGAGGAUUAUUCCUUUUUUGCCAGGAAAGGUCCUGUUUCGCAGAAGUCACAUAAGGGAUGUAGCUGUCAGAAGACUGAAGCACUUGGAUAACUACUGCAAAGCUCUGAUGAAGCUUCCCUCCCACAUUUCCCAAAGCGAGGAAGUUCUUAAGUUCUUUGAGACCAAGGCAGAGGACCUCAACCCUCCCACAGAAGACUGUGGCGGCUCCGGCAAACGCAAAUCAGGUCUGGAUGCUUCGGAUCCCAUGCUCCUGGAACAGUAUGUGGUGGUGUCCAGCUACGAGAAACAAGAGCCUGCAGAAAUCAGCCUUCAAGCGGGUGAGGUGGUGGACGUCAUUGAAAAGAGCGAGAGUGGUUGGUGGUUUGUCAGCACUGCAGAGGAGCAGGGUUGGGUCCCUGCUACCUAUCUCAACUCCCACAGUGGUACACGGGAUGACUUGGAGCUGGGCGCCUCAAAAGCCGGGGAAGUUACUAAGCGACAUAAGGCCCAUCUGAAGAGGCUGGACCGGAGAUGGACGUUGGGGGGUGUCAUCAGCAGGCAGCAGAGCCGAGAAGAAAAGUACAUGACAGUGCAGCCUUACACCAGCCAGGGCAAGGAUGAAAUUGCUUUUGAAAAAGGAGUCAUCGUGGAGGUGAUUCAGAAGAACCUGGAAGGCUGGUGGUUUAUCAGAUACCAGGAUAAGGAGGGUUGGGCUCCAGCCUCUUACCUGAAGAAGAUGAAGGAUGACUUCUCUCCCCGUAAGAAGACUGUGACAGGCCCAGUGGAGAUUAUUGGCAACAUCAUGGAGAUCAGUAACCUGCUUAACAAGAAAGCCCUGAGUGAGAAAGACGUGCAGACUGAAGGUGUCCCAGAGAGCCCCCAGGUGGCCAGGAAAGAGAUCAGUUUGCCAAUCCCAUGCUCUGACUCCAGCCCUGUCAAUACUCAACAGGAUGGAAAAAGCAAAGCAGAGCCUCCUUCACCAGCUAUAGCCCGUAUUGCCCCUCAUCGGGUGGAAAUUGGUUCUCCAGUUCUCAGGCAAAAACCUCCUCCUCGAAGAGAUGCAACCCUGGGAUUUCAGUUGCCCUCCCCACCAGAGCCCCCUACAGUUGAAGCAGAGUAUUACACCAUUGCAGAUUUUCAGUCCUGUAUAUCUGAUGGGAUCAGUUUCAAUGGAGGACAGAAAGCAGAGGUCAUUGAGAAGAAUUCUGGUGGCUGGUGGUAUGUCGCGAUAGGAGAGAGGGAGGGUUGGGCUCCCUGCUCCUACAUUGACAAACGUAAAAAGCCCAAUCUGAAUCGUAGAACAAGCACUCUGUGUCGCCCCAAAGUCCCACCCCCAGCUCCUCCUGUCAAAAAACAGGACUCAGUGGAGACUGCACCUCCCAGCAGUCCUGGGUCUGAGGCUCCAGAGUCCCCUGUGUCUCCUGGGAGGCCUGUGUAUGAAGAGCCAGAAUAUGAUGUUCCUGCCAUUGGCGAUCUGGAUAUGGAGUCUGAGUUUGAGUUUCUGAGGGGAGAAGCUUCCUUGGUGGAUGGAAAGAAUGAGGACACUUCCUCGGAGAAGGGAUCCCAUCUGUCCUCCAAGCCCUCCCCAGCUUCAUCGCUUCACAGUGCGUCCUUCAAGAUGGGUGAGUCAUUUGAAGAUGGCCAUGAGGCAGAGGUGGAAGCGGAGGGAGAGGAAGAGUGUAUCUAUGAGAAUGACGGCUUCCGGCCCUUCAGGGAGACGCCAGAGAGGCAGUGCAGUAGGGACUCAAAUUCCUCCAAGACAAGUGUCUUGUCAGAAACUGGCAAGGCUGCAAACAUAAACCCAGCACCAGCGGGAUGGAGAUCUGCAGGUAAGAAGCUCAAGAUUGACUUGAAUGGGAGCCCAUUUAUAACCAAAGCUGAGGAGGCGUCUAGUCCUAAGUCUGCUUCCACUGAGUCCACCCCAGAUCUGUCCAGACUCAAGAAAGAUCAAGAGGAAAGCAAGGCAUCCUCUGCUACCAAGUCUUCAUCUAAAUUAAAGCCAGUGGUACGGCCUAAACCACAGAUGGCCAAGGCGUCCAGUGCUGAGAAGAUGGACAUCAGCACCUUGAGAAGACAGCUGCGGCCCACAGGGCAGCUGAAGAAUGGCAGUAAAACUAAAGGCGAGGACUCUGAGACAGCCUCUGUCAUCUCCUCUGAGGACUCCUUCUCUUCUCAGAGCACCUCAGAUCUCUCCUCUAUCUAUUCCAAAGGUAGCCGGGGAGACUCUGACCUGGAAGGCUCUAUCCUUUAUCGCACCACAGAUCCCUAUGUAAAGAUCCAAGAGUGUGAGCUCACCUUCCCUGCUGGAGUGGAGGUGGAGGUGCUGGAGAAGCAGGAGAGUGGCUGGUGGUACAUUCGCUGGGGUGAUACAGAGGGUUGGGCCCCGACGUACUACCUGGAGCCAGUCAGACAACAAGAUGACAUGGUAGGGUCCGAAUCUGAUGGCACUCCCACUAAACCUGGAAGCCUCAGCAAGUCCAACAGCCUGGAGAAGAAUGAGCAAAGGGUGCAGGCCUUGAACAACAUCAACCAAAACCUAAAGAAGGUCACCCCACCCAUCCCCUCUAAGCCUCCAGGUGGCCUCUCCAAACCUACCGCCUUGUUUGGAUCACAGAAGCAGAACAGCUCCAAACAGCAGCAGGUCGUCAGACCUCAGUCCGUCUUCAUAUCAGCCCCCAUCAGGGAUGGCCCCAGCCCUGUCGGCUCUCUCAGGAGAAACGAAUCCCUCAACUCCACUGACCAUCCUCGUGCCAGCCCCACAGUGCGCCGCAAUGCCUCUUUUGGCACAGUGCCGCGCAGCCUGGCACCAAACAAUAUAGCACUACCCAGCAGGAACAGAUCUGGUACCGGUAGCUCUGAAUCCCUCGGCCUCAGCUCUCUGAAGAAUGCUCUCCCUGUAUCCACAGUGAAACCCAAGCCCCACAUCAUCCAUAACAACCUCAGAGAGGUGUAUGUCUCCAUAGCAGAUUACCAUGGUGACGAGGAGACCAUGGGAUUUCCUGAGGGGACGAGUCUGGAGGUUCUUGACAGAAACCCGAAUGGCUGGUGGUACUGCAAGGUUCUGGACAAUGGCAGACCACGGAAAGGGUGGGUUCCUUCAAAUUACCUCGAGAAAAAGCACUAGCGCUUGUGUGUGGAGCUGGCAGAACUCUGAACAUGCGUGUAAAGACUGUUAAAAGAGACACAUUUAUUUUGUGAAAAAGGCUAACCCUAAGACAUUAAGUUAGUAUUGAAAUCUUAUCCGGUACCUUUGCCAAAAUGAGCAGCCAGAUCAGAUCGUGACUUUGAAUUGAAAUGAGACAUCUGGUAAAAUGAGUCUACAUGAUACAGUGUCUGAGACGUUGCAUUAGGAGCAAUUUAUUAUAACACCAGAUAGUGGAAGAAUGAUUAAAUGCUUCAGUCGUUACCUUUAACUUGAAAUAAAAUGUCAUUUUGUGUCCACCCCUUGAACGUUUCUUUUUUUUGUAAGUUUAUAAUGUAAUUUUGUACAACUUUUUAAGCAUUUAAAACUUACUGCAUGUUUGAAAUGAUUCAAUAUACUGACAAUGCCUUGGGCUGUUAAGAUUUAACAUUUUUCCUCCUUUCCUUAAAGAAAAUCUCAGUUGUUGCCAAAGCUGCUUUGUGUUAGUCUGAUCUUGGUGCUGUCUGUUUGCAUGUUUUUUAAUAUCUUUUUAUACUGUAUGUCACCUUUAUUUUAAAUAUUUUACCCAUUUAAUUGUGUAAUAUUGUCCUAAUGAAACAAUUUGUGAGCAUCUCUGAUUAUCACAAUAUUUUAUUUCCCUAAAUCAGAAAUGAAUCCCUGAUGACUUCCCUGAUAUGAGCCUUUUGUAUGUUUUUUUAUUUUUAUUUCAGAGGCUUUUGUCCAAAUUACAAAUUCCCUAACUUCAGCAAAAAAUAUAUUUAUUCAUUACUUAAAAAUAAUAUUAUUACUUAUUUUAUUAUUAUUGUAAGAAAGUUACUGAUAAACACAUUUUCACAACCGCUCAAACAUUUCUAAGAGCUGACUGCUCUAAUAAUCCUGAUAACAUUAAAAAUUUCUGCUGGGCAGUAAAUUUGACAUAACUUUUCAGCUGCAGUCGUGCGGGGAUGCUCACUUUUGUUUUAUGUUAACUGUGUGUUAACUGUGUGACCAGCGAUGAUAACUGAAGUGCCAAAAGAAUGACUUAAAUAAAUGCACUUUUGAACAA